AUGCACAGACAAAAGGAUCCUGAGAGUGAUGCCGGCCCGGAGUUGGACUGCCCGGGGUCAGACUCCUCUGAGACUGAAGACAGCAGCUCCUCCGACUCCGACAACUCCUCAUCAAGCGAAUCAGGCACGGAGGAGGCGAAGGGAGCAAGCUCUUCUGGCGAGGUGAAAAAGCUGCAAGAGCUGGAGCUGAAAGUUGAUAAGUGGGCGCAAGACCCUGGCGUGCAGCAGCUUGCUGCAGGGUCUUCGCGCGCGCUCUUCGCUUUUCCAUCCAUGCCAGAGGUGUCAGACGGGCCUGCUAGGAGAGGCGAAGCCAAUUCUCUAAGGCGAGUUGGGCAAAAGGUUGUCAUUGCCAGCAGCCAGGCCUCGGACCGCCGUCUAUGGCAAAACAUGAUUGCCGGCAACACCUGCUAUGUCGCGAAAGGUCAGUCUUUGAAGCCAGGUCAGAGGAGCCAGCUCUCCAGUUGCGCUGCGUACUUGUUCCUGGCCAGACAACUUCUGCAUGGUCUGCAGACACACGACGAGCUGUGGAAGACUGCCCUGCGCGAACUUGCCAGAGCCUUCGGACCAUACCUUUGGGGUCUUCAGCCAGGCGCUGUGCGACAUUUGGUGAAUCCGCCAGAGGAGAUGUUUGCACAGCCAUCUGAGCCAGAGCUGCAGGAGCAGUUCCUUGUGUUUCGCAAUGUGGCCGUCCGGAUUUCGAGCGCCGCCUGUGCGGCGGAGAAGUUCCAGAAGUCAGAGGUUCUCAAAUGGGAUGAGCAUCUGCAUAGUCUGAUCGUGCAGCAGAGUUACACGCAAGCCAGACAUUACUGGCAUGUGCUGAGGCUUUUUCACAGAUUGCACGUGUGGGGCUUUGCGUCAGAAGCAAUCUGCGAAUCAGCGGUUUCCAUCAUGCGCUACCUGGAGAAGAAGCACUCUGUCGGACGACCUCUGCGGACCGCUCCCUUGGUGGAGGCAGCGCUGCUUCGCUUCUACGGGGUGGACGGUCGGCCUGAGUCGUGGCCUUUCUUGCUGAAGGUCCUGUCAGAAUACUUCCGGAAGCGAGGCAAAGGGCAGCUGCGCUUCUUUGUCUCCCGCCGGACAACGGCGGCGCGCUCUGGUCUCGGGCCGAGCGCAGUGCUGCACAGGCACCGUCAGAAGGCGGAGUCCAUGACCAAGUCAUGGAUGAUGUCUCCAGUUGCAGUCAGGCCUUCCAAGCUGCUGUCCAAGGACGCUCUGAAAGCUUUGCGCCAGACUGAUGCCAGAGAGCCUGAUGACUUCUACGCUGCAUUGUGGGAUUGUGUUUUGCCGGCGUUGGCCAGCGCAGGAGUCAGAGUGGAGUUUGACGAGUGA